AUGCUCAUCCCCAAAAUAUCCUGGCCUCUUUGCCAGCAACACCGCUUUGGCGAUGCCCCCAAAACACAGGAGGCGCUGGUAGCAAGCAGAAACGUCCAGCUCACGACCGUCACGCUGGCAGCUGUGUCGGCCACCUCGGUCACCGUCACAGCGCCCCUUCCAGACCGGCUGCCCGACCGCAAGAACGACAGGAAUCCGGUGAGACCUGUUAUCGUCCCGGCCUGCCUCCAGACUUUCGACCAUCACCCAGUCGCGUGGCUGCCCAGCGCCGAUCCCGACCCAGACCCUUGA